CACCGCCUCCACGAAUCCGUGCGGCGGCGCUCUCCGUGGAUCCGGAUUUUUUUUGCAUUGGCAGGUCGGAUUUUACUGUCGGCGGCGGGUCGGGUCGGGUCCGAGACUCAAUUGAGGGGUGUUGAGUCGGAGAUACGGGAGAGGAAUUCUGGCCGGGGUACGGCUGUUGCUGUUGUUUCGUAGGAGGAGGAAGUCCCGGUCCAAGGUGAUGGGCGGCGGUUGGUGGCGGAAGCUGGCUUUUCCGGUGAGGAGAGUCUGGUUCGCCGUCUCUGCUCGGGUCAAAGAUCCCAAUCAUGGUGCAGGGCUACUGAAGCUGCGGGACGAUAUACAAACGUGUGGAUACGAAGAUGUGCAAGUGAUGUGGGAGAUGUUGAGGAGAACGGAUUCCGUGUUUCUAUCUCAGCCGUCCAUUUCCAGCACUAAUAAGAAGCGGAAGCAACGGCUGCGAUCUCUCUGGAGGAAUUUUUGUGUGCUCCGACCCAACUGAUCCUUACCGUGUUCCCUCAUCCAAUCUGCACCGUCCAUCGUCGCCGCUUUCUCUAAUCGCCGCGCCAUGUGUCGCGUUCAUUGUUAUUACUCCGCAUGAGUUCUUUUCUCCUUCCGUAAUAAACUUCAUAAUAAUUUCGGAUUUUUAUUUGUAAUUUAUUGUAUAAUAAUAACAAUAGGAUUUUAGCUUACUUACUUAUCCCAGAAAAUAUAUAGUUUUAUUUUGGUAUAUGGUUUAAGUAUGAAUGGAUGUACUAUUAGAGAAAUGAAAAUAUAUGAUCCCA